UUCUCUCUACAGAGACCUCUACAGCACACAGAUCCAGACAUGGCACCUACAAUCACUGCAGCAAUGACCAAUUCUCAGGAGCAUCUCACUCUGACCCACAAGCUCAGAAAGCCUCUGGUGGAGAAGUUACGCAGAGAGCGAAUCAACAGCAGCAUUGAGCAGCUCAAGUCUCUCCUGGGUCCAGAGUUCCUCAAACAGCAGCCAGACUCCAAGCUGGAGAAAGCAGACAUCCUGGAGAUGACAGUUUGUUUCCUGAAACGACUGCAGCAGCAGAAUCAAGCUGUGGACUCAGCAGCUGCUGGACAGGGCUACUCCAGGUGUGUCCAGGAGGUGACACACUUCCUGUCCAAAGAGCAGGUGAAGACACAGUCCCAGAGAAGACUGCUGAACCACUUCAACAAGCUGCAGUCUUCCUCUGAUAACACCCUGACAGAGGCUGACUUCUCUCCUCUGAGCUCCACAGUCCAGACCAGCAACGCCAAAGAGAAGAGUCCAGCUGACGGCGCCGUUUGGAGGCCGUGGUAGACA